AUGUGGCUAGACCUCGAGCGUCCGGGAUGGGAAUCGCUUUGCGGCCAUUGGAGUACCGAGAGAGACUUUGAUUGUUAUCUCUGCUCCGGUUAUGACGACCCAAACUUCUAUUCGUGGUCCGGGCCCAGACUUCUAUCCCCGCUUACGCAUGCAGAGGGCCUCUUCCAUUAUGUUUCGUCCAUAUUUCCGAUGCACAUCAAUUGGCUGGAAAUCCAGUUCUCCGUCAUACAUAAAUCUACGGACGAGUCAGUUGCUGUCCGGACUUUCUUGCUGCCCAGGGUUGAACAUACCCUUGGGGCCCUGGCCCGGUGUCGCGAGAGGAUCUGGCGGCUAGUGAGUCAGUAUAGUCGAUCCAAGAGUGGUGCGGAUUUCCGAUUCGAAGCAUUCAUAUGGCCGAGGGACGAGUUGGGAUUGAGUUUCGACGAUAAGUCUGGGGAGAUCAAGUCAAACAGCCCUGAACGGGCACUUGAUCCAGUUCGGUUUGGAUCAUCGCAGCUGUUAUUUUCAGAUUAA